AUGAGCAAGACUGCCCUAGCCUCAUCCCUCCCCUCCUCCCCUCCCCUCCUCCCUCCUCCCCUCCUCCCUCCUCCCCUCCCCUCCUCCCUCCUCCCCUCCCUCCCCUCCUCCCUCCUCCCCUCCCCUCCUCCCUCCUCCCCUCCCCUCCCCUCCUCCCUCCUCCCUCCUCCCCUCCCCUCCCCUCCUCCCUCCUCCCUCCUCCCUCCUCCCCCCCCCUCCCCUCCCCUCCCCCUCCCCCCUCCCUCCCCUCCUCCCCUCCCCUCCCCUCCUCCCUCCUCCCUCCUCCCUCCUCCCUCCUCCCUCCUCCCCUCCUCCCUCCUCCCCUCCCCUCCUCCCUCCUCCCCUCCCUCCCCUCCUCCCCUCCCCUCCUCCCUCCUCCCCUCCCCUCCCCCUCCUCCCUCCUCCCCUCCCCUCCCCUCCUCCCUCCUCCCCUCCCCUCCUCCCUCCUCCCCUCCCCUCCCCUCCUCCCUCCUCCCCUACCUCCCCUCCUCCCCUCCCCUCCCCUCCUCCCUCCUCCCUCCCCCUCCCCCUCCUCCCUCCUCCCCUCCCCUCCUCCCUCCUCCCUCCCCUCCCCUCCUCCCUCCUCCCCUCCCCUCCUCCCUCCUCCCCUCCCUCCUCCCCCUCCUCCCUCCCCUCCCCUCCUCCCUCCUCCCCUCCCCUCCUCCCUCCUCCCCUCCCCUCCCCUCCUCCCUCCUCCCCUCCCCUCCUCCCUCCUCCCCUCCCCUCCCCUCCCUCCUCCCCUCCCCUCCCCUCCCCCCCUCCCCUCCCCUCCCCCUCCUCCCCUCCCUCCCCUCCUCCCCUCCCCUCCCCUCCUCCCUCCUCCCCCUCCCCUCCCCUCCUCCCUCCUCCCCUCCCCUCCCCUCCUCCCUCCUCCCCUCCCCUCCUCCCCUCCCUCCUCCCCUCCUCCCCUCCCCUCCUCCCUCCUCACCUCACCUCCUCCCCUCCCUCCUCCCCUCCCUCCUCCCCUCCUCCCCUCCCCUCCUCCCUCCUCCCCUCCCCUCCUCCCCUCCCCUCCUCCCUCCUCCCCUCCCCUCCUCCCUCCUCCCCUCCCCUCCCCCUCCUCCCUCCUCCCCCCUCCCUCCCCUCCUCCCCUCCCCUCCCCUCCUCCCUCCUCCCUCCCCUCCCCUCCUCCCUCCUCCCCUCCCCUCCUCCCUCCUCCCCUCCCCUCCCCUCCUCCCCUACCUCCUCCCCUCCUCCCUCCUCCCCUACCUCCUCCCCUCCCUCCUCCCCUCCCUCCUCCCCUCCUCCCCUCCCCUCCUCCCUCCUCCCCUCCCUCCCCUCCUCCCCUCCCCUCCUCCCUCCUCCCCUCCUCCCUCCUCCCCUCCCCUCCCCUCCUCCCUCCUCCCCUCCCUCCUCCCCUCCCUCCUCCCCUCCCUCCUCCCCUCCCCUCCUCCCUCCUCCCCUCCCUCCUCCCCUCCCCUCCCCUCCUCCCUCCUCCCCUCCCUCCUCCCCUCCCUCCUCCCCUCCCCUCCUCCCUCCUCCCCUCCCCUCCUCCCUCCUCCCCUCCCCUCCCCUCCUCCCUCCUCCCCUCCCUCCUCCCCUCCCCUCCUCCCUCCUCCCCUCCCUCCUCCCUUCCUCCCUCCUCCCCCUCUUCCCUCCUCCCCUCCUCCCUCCCCUCCCUCCUCACCUCACCUCCUCCCCUCCCUCCUCCCCUCCUCCCUCGCCUCCUUCCUCCUCACCUCCUCCCUCCCCUCCCUCCUCACCUCCUCCCUCCCCUCCCUCCUCCCCUCCCUCCUCCCCUCCUCCCUCGCCUCCUUCCUCCUCACCUCCUCCCUCCCCUCCCUCCUCACCUCACCUCCCUCCUCCCUCCCCUCCCUCCUCACCUCACCUCCUCCCCUCCCUCCUCCCCUCCUCCCUCCUCACCUCACCUCCUCCCCCCCUCCCUCCUCCCCUCCCUCCUCCCCUCCUCCCUCCUCACCUCACCUCCUCCCCCCCUCCCUCCUCCCCUCCCUCCCCUCCCUCCUCACCUCACCUUAUGGCCAAUGUGACAUGUCCAUUUGUCCUUUGUGA